UUAAUUAAUACAAUGCGAAUUGUUCAAGUUCUAAACUCGUGCUCUGUCGAUAGAGUCUGCAAUAAUGGCAUUACAAAUCAUGCAGCUCUGCUAUUGUGUCAUUUCAAUGUGCUGACAACAUUCGGCAUUUUAUCCAGCUCGAUAUAUAUAAUGUGUAUUCGAAAAUUCAACGUAGCUUUUCAAUCUGCAUUCCAACGUGGACGCACGAUUAAUUUUGCACCGUCCGAAAAAUUGGGAAGAAAGAGGAGAUUUAAGAGGAAGAAAGGAGGGAACAUUUCUCGUGGAAUGCCGCGAGCGGUAAUAAUAAGGUCGCAGCGAAACUACACGAAAACAAUGCGCAGUCGUCUGCAGCUUCAUCCUCGAGUCGAUAUAUUGAUUAGACAGUUAUCGAAAAAUGACACCAAUAUAGACGAUUGUUGACUGGACAGACUCCGAAUAUUUAUGACUGAAAGGCGCCAGGGAGAAGUCGCGAGUCGCGCGUCAAUUAACCGUUUGCGCCCCGCGUGUGUCCGCUGCAAAACCCGCUCCUCUGAUGUCUUCGCGGAAUUGUACAAUAUCGAGGUAGCAGAAUGAGGACAAUAUUUUUAAUCAACUUUUGCUUCGGCCUAGCGAUCGGCCACUUUCGUGGACCACAUCAUCCAAGGAGCAGCGUAUCCCAUCAUCAUUACACACCGGACACCAACGCACUCAAACUGACGCAAGACGAUCAGCUCCUUCACGAUACAACACAUCUGAAGGAAGACAUGGGUUCCAUAGCCGAUCAACUCGACUUUUCGAAAAUGACCGAACAAGAAAUAGAGUUCCACUAUUUUCAGAUUCACGAUGUUGACAAUAAUACAAAGUUAGACGGAUUAGAAAUUUUUCACGCUCUUCAACAUACGUUACACGAGAAUGACGAGGAAGAUGUCAUACAAUCGGAUCAAGACUUGAUUAUAGAACUGGUAGAUAAGGUAUUGGAAGAGGAUGAUUUAAACAACGAUGGAUAUCUAGAAUAUGUCGAGUAUGUAUUAGGAAGACAAAGGGAUCAUAUCGCUCAAGAGAAACGCAACAAGCUCAGAAUCGAAACGUGAAGAUUUUAAAUAUAAAUUUGCAUCACAGAGGAUGAUUUUUAAUUAUAUGUCAAUGCUUUAUGUCGUAAAAUUGAAUU